AUGGAUCAGAGAAACGCGCAGCGGCCAGGCCAGCAGAUGUGGUCACUGGACUUCGUCCCACGUCUCCAGGCCGUUCAGGGGCGCCCUACCCGGGUCACCAUCAGAUCUGCCAUUGCAUACGACCCCUCCCAGGCUCUCAGGCCCGCGCCAUGGCGCCACGGGCACAGGGCCAGGCAGGCGCAGUCCCCCGGCUCACCGGCCUCUCCCUCCGCGCCCUCCCGCAGGCUUCCUUCCUGCCGCGGCCAGGCGAGGCCCCCACGCGCCCCGGGCCCCAUGCCCGAGUCCUGGGCCAACGGGAGCCUGGCCGGCGACUUCGUGCUGCUGGGCUUCGCGCACGUGCCCGCGCUGCGGCCGCUGCUCGCGCCCCUCUUCCUGGCCAUGUUCCUGCUCACGCUGCUGGGCAACGCGCUCAUCGCGGCGCUCACCGGCCUGGACCCCGGGCUGCGGGCGCCCAUGUACUUCUUCCUGCGCCAGCUGGCGCUGCUGGAGCUCUGCUUCUCGCUGGACGUGGCGCCCCGCCUGCUGCUGACGCUGCUGCGGCCCGGGCGCGGCGUGGCCCCCGCCGCCUGCGCCCUGCAGCUGCUGCUGGUGCUGUCGUGCGUCACGUCCGAGUGCUUCCUCCUGACCGCCAUGGCCUGGGACCGCUACCUGGCCAUCUGCAGGCCCCUGCGCUAUGGCGCCAUCAUGAGCCCGCGGCUGUGCCGCCUGCUGGCCGCCGCCUGCUGGCUGGCGGGGGUGCCCGUGGCGCUGGUCUUCACCGUCUGGCUCUUCAGCUUCCCGUUCUGCGGGCCGCGCGGCAUCCGCCACUUCUUCUGUGACAUCGCCCCCCUGCUGAGCCUGGUGUGCGCGGACACCAGGGUCUUCGAGGGCUGUGUGUUGGUGGCCACAGUGUUGGUCAUCAUGGUGCCCUUCUGUCUGAUAGCCGCGUCCUACGUCCUGAUUCUGGCCACAGUCCUACAGAUGCCCUCGGCCACCGGGCGCCACAAGGCCCUGUCCACCUGUGCCUCCCACCUCAUCGUGGUGGUUCUGUUUUAUGGCACCACAGGGGUCAUCCACUUGCGACCCAAGGCCAGCUACUCCCCAGAGAGCAAGCAGGUGGUGUCGCUGUCCUACACGCUGGUGACGCCCAUGCUCAACCCCCUCAUCUACAGCCUGCGGAACAAGGAGGUGAAGGCAGCACUAGGGCGCGUGUGUUGUGGGCGCCAGUGGUUUGGACCCGGGAAGUGA